AUGUCAGCUGCGCGGAUGUGCCUGCUGGGAGAGGGGGCAGGGGCGGCGAGCGACCCGGCGCUGGCGCUGCUGCUGGCGGCGGACGCGGUCGUGCUGGGGCUGGUGGUGGUCGUCAACUGCACCGUGGCGGCGGCGCUGCUGCGGCGGCGGCGCGCGCUGCUUUCGGCCCGCCCCGCGACCCGCUUCGCGCUCAGCAUGUGCGCGGCCGACCUGGCCGUGGCCGCCGCCUGCUGCUACUACCGCUCCUUCACCACGUCGUGGCUGGUGGUGGCCGGCGUGUGGCUCCUCGCCGCGGCCCUGGCCGCCGUGCUGCUCGUGUGGAACCACUGGGCGCCCCAGCAGCCUUGCGAAGAGCAGUUCGUGGUGCCGCCGUGGUACCUGGCCGCCGUCACCCCCGCCUUCCACUGCCUCGUGCUGCUCGUCGUGGCCGCCACGCACUACAGGAUCCACCGCCUGGCGCGCCGCAAGAGCGAGGCCCGCCGCCCGCCGUCGGCGCGGGUGCUCGUGCUGCUCACGUCGUGCUACGUCGCCUGCUGGCUGCCCUGCCUCCUCGUGCUGGUGGCCAGGCAGUUCCUGCGCCGGCGCAGCGAGGUCGUCGAGCGGGUCUUCCACGCCUCGCUCUCCUUCGCCACGCUCAACAACGUCUUCAACUCCUUCAUCUUCUCCUGGAAGAACACGGUGGUGCGCGCGGCCGUCGUGGACUUGUUCCGGCGCGGCCGCGAUCUCGGAGAGGUCGCGACACCCGUCAGAUGGACAGAGACGAUCAUCUGAUCACUCCCUCCCUCUUCUUCGACACCUUCAACGGUGUCUUCAAAUAUUCCAUAUUCCCGUGGAAGAACACCGUGGUGCGCGCGGCCGUCGUGGACUUGUUCCGGCGUGGCCGUGAUCUCGGAGAGGUCACGACACCCGUCAGAUGGACAGAGACGAUCAUCUGAUCACUCCCUCCCUCUUCUUCGACGCCUUCAACGGUGUCUUCAAAUAUUCCAUAUUCCCGUGGAAGAACACGGUGGUGCGCGCGGCCGUCGUGGACUUGUUCCGGCGUGGCCGUGAUCCCGGAGAGGUCGCGACACCCGUCAGAUGGACAGAGACGAUCAUCUGAUCACUCCCUCCCUCUUCUUCGACGCCUUCAACGGUGUCUUCAACUAUUCCAUAUUCCCGUGGAAGAACACGGUGGUGCGCGCGGCCGUCGUGGACUUGUUCCGGCGUGGCCGUGAUCCCGGAGAGGUCGCGACACCCGUCAGAUGGACAGAGACGAUCAUCUGAUCACUCCCUCCCUCUUCUUCGACGCCUUCAACGGUGUCUUCAACUAUUCCAUAUUCCCGUGGAAGAACACGGUGGUGGGACUGGCCAUACUGGACCUGUUCAGGUGUAGUCGUGAUCUCGGAGACGUUGCAAGACGUUCAAGAACACCCUUAAGAUGUCCAGACAUGGUCAUUUAAUCACUCCCUAACCAUUCAUCGCCACCUUCAUCACUGCAUUCAAGAAUAUUAUAGAUUAUCUUUGAAGAACACAUUGGUACACACUCCUCUGGACAGCUCGGACAUUUUCAGACAAAAUAACGACCUCAAAAUUUUCGUGCAGAUCUCUCACUAUUUUUGAAAGGACAGAAACGAUCAUUUGGUAACCUCCUCCCUCUUUGCAACCUUCGACGUCUUUAUCUGCUUCAUAUUCUCAAUGGAAGAACACGGUGGUACGCGAGGCAGUUCUGGACCUUUCCCACCGUGAUCUAGGAGAUACAGCAGAUGUUACGAUACCUAUAAGUUUCAAAUAGGUAUACCAUAUUUGAUCACUACUCACUUAUUAAAAUUCUUUUAACUCCCUCUUCAAAUACUUUUUUUUCCUUCUCCUGGGAGAACACUUGUGCAUGUGCUCGUAAUGAACAUAUCUAAGUGCAGUUUUAAUUAUGUUCUUUACAAUGUCGCUAUAACUUUCGCGGAGCCCGUAAGAUUGACAGAAAAGAUAAUAUGACCACUUAUUUUUUUCCCACCACCACCCUCAACUAUGAUUUCAACUUCUCCGUACCCUCCUUAAAGAGCAUCGUGGUAACAUUUACUGUCUUUGACGUUUUAAAAUGCAAUAGAUGAUUUUUGAGGUAUUGCGACAUGUUUAGCUAGGUUCGUAGAAUGGAAAAAUUCUAUAUCUUCAUCUCCUUACUCAUAUUUAGUGCAUUCACCUCAUACUUAGGUGGCAGGAUGGUUUUAAGAUGAUAUCUUUUCUGCGUGAGCUUGAAACAUCCAAGAGUACGUGCAAGAACUUAAAACACAGCUAACACUUAAGGUUCAGUGUGACACACUAUUUUUUUGUAAUUAUUAUUACUUUAGGCCUUUUCCUAUUAAUUGAAACGAAAUUUAAAUAAUCAAAAUGACGUGUGGGACCAAGCCUUAAGUCUAGUGGUCAUGGACUCGAAAACAUUUGGUAGUUAAAUAAAAUAAAAGGCAGCAUCAGAUAAAAAUUGUUCAUGGAAAAUGGCAAGGUAGGUAACUUUAUAUAUACAGAAUGUCCAUAAGAAAAUGUCCCAGUUUCAAUGGUAUAUAAUAACAGUUUAAUUUAGACUAUUUACAACAAAUCAUACAUAAAAUUGAAGGUAAACUAACCUAGCUUUUCUCACAAAUGUUCACUAUGUGCACCUUUAGUUGUACGUCACACAUUCAACCUAAAAUCCAAUUCUUCCCACACUCUGGGUAACACGUCCGGAGAAAUGGAAGUAACAGCCUCUUUAAUUCAGUGUCUAAACUCUGGCAAAUCAUUAGGUAGUGGCAGCCUUCUUUAAUAAAGCCCCCAAGGAAAAGAUCGCAUGGCAUGACCAACCCAACGGUCAGGGGCUUGGACUUUCAACCACUCUCGUACAAAGAGAUUCAAAUGGGGAGGGGCUCCAUCCUGUUGCCAAAUAAAGUUUACGAGUUCACCCUCUACUAAUUGGGGAAAAAGGCAUUCUUUCGCGUUCCAAGCGAGAAAACAACAAAGCAGUAUUCGCACAUGCGCUUGAACCAACACCCUACAACGCUUACAAUGGAUUCUGUUAAAUUUUAUAACUGGGACAUUAUUUUAUGGACAAACUUUAUAUCGGCCUUGAUAACACUUCUUCAUCCAUAAAUGGAGAAUAUUUGCCGGAAACUCCGGGGUAAACGAUUAUGAUUCCGAAGAAACCUCCAUUAAAGUCUUGGAAAUCAAACAUGUCUGAUAGACUGUUUGAUGUUCUUUAAAUACAUAAAAAUUAUGCUUUAUCAUGUUUUGAAGACCAUUUUAUUUGUAAUUUAUUGCACUAUAAAGUGCAAUGAAAAAAUGUUAGUACAGUAGAAUCGUAAAUAUAUGUAUUUUCAUAAUUAUGAGUUUACAUCUUUCUGUAAGUUUUAAGUGACUAAUAUAGCAGCUGAACAUGUAAAAUAUUUAAAUGAAAAAUGUCUAAGUGUUUAAAAGUGCUUGGUUUAAACUUAAAUGCGUUAGAUAAUUAAAUUUGUUAGCUCAAAAAUAAAAUGAAUCCAUUAUACUCAGCUUAUAGGAAAAUGCACCAUAAAAUGGUUAAGACCGGCAGGAAUUCGUGGUACUGGGUUGGAUACAUAUUAAAAAAAACAAAAAAAAAACAAUUUUGUAAACAUAAAAAAAAUUAAAAUAUGUACGUUUAUAUAUAUUCUAUAGAAUAUCAUCAGUAUUAGU